GCACGGUCGGGGGCGGGCGCUGUAGCGCGCUCGACGGCCGCGGCCUUCAUCGCUCCCGCCUGAGCGCAGCCAUGUUUCUCCAGUAUUACCUCAACGACGAGGGCGACCGGGUCUACACGCUGAAGAAGUUCGACCCCGCGGGACAGCAGACCUGCUCGGCGCACCCCGCCCGCUUCUCCCCGGAUGACAAGUACUCGAGACACCGCAUCACCGUCAAGAGACGCUUCAAGGUGCUCAUGACCCAGCAGCCGCGCCCGGUCCUCUGAGGGCCCGCCGCUCCCCUCUUCUGCCCGCCACCCGCUGCCGCCGUCGGCCCCCGCGGAGACGACUCCAUCCUUGCCUCGGAGCCUGUUGCUGACGGCAGUCCCGUCCACGUGUUUGAAUUACUUACUGCCAGGUUAUUAAAAACAACAUGAUGUGCAAGAGUGCCUUUGGGUCGCGGGCGGAAGCUACCUGGGGGGCACCGGUGUGAGCCCCGAAGCUGCUGGGGACUGAGUCACCCCUGAGAAGUGCCCCCCACAGUGCUUGCUCCCCUUUCGUUUUUAUGUCAAGGUGAUGUACUGAGGGUGACAGUUGCAUAAAUAAGGCAGUAAGUACAUCA